AGGCUCUCAUAUCUAGCAUUCUAGCACCAGCAGCUACCAGGAGUAGUGGUUUCUCUUGCGUCCGCCUCAGGGCUUGCGUCCCCCCGAUCUGUGUCGCGGAGGCGGCGAGCGGCUUGGCCGGCCGGGAGAGAGUGAGAUCGAGCUGCGAGGGCGACACUCGGACGGAGGUCGGUCGAGAAGAGGCCAACGAUCGACGAGAGGAGAAGGAGAUCACGCAGCCGCCUGCAAGAAAUUCAGCAGCAGGAGAGGAUCGAUCGAGGAAGAUGUGCAUGGACGGCGCCGUGCCGGUGAAGAGGGUCUGGCUCGGCAUCGCCGCGCGCCUCGGCCUCCGCCGAAAGACCGGCCUGAGGAAGCUGAGGAAGGAGGUGCGCACGUGCGAGUACCGCGACGUGCACGUCAUGUGGGAGAUGCUGCGGGCGACGGACGGGCCGGCGGUGCCGCUGGCGGAGAAGGAGGCCGCGGCGGCGGCGGCCGUCGCGGCCGCCGCAGGCGCCAGGAAGAGGAGGAACGCGUGGAGGCGGUUCGUCUACUACUGCUGCGCGUUCUGAGCGACGCGCGUCGAUCGAUCGAUCAGCCUGGCUGAUGAACCCAACGGCCGGCGUCCUAGCUUUGUGCUGGUGAUCGUCCUAGGCUAGCUAGCUCCUCAAAGAUCCAAGGUCGCGAGCUUUGUGAACCCGUGACCAAAAUCUCGAACGUGAUCGGGCCAUCGGGGGCGUCAUCAGGGGAACGUGAGCUCGUUCGAGACUCGAGACUAUCAUCGUCUCGUCCCCCGGCGAAGAUCGAGAGUAUGAGUACAUAGGAAGAGUUUGGAGUGGGUGCGGAGAGAAAGGGAUGAUCGAGAUGUACAAAAAAUAACUUCGAACCAAAGAAGACUUUUGCUUUGAU